AUGACAGCCUCUGCAGCGGCCGCGACUACCUCCGCCCACGAUAUGGGAGGGAUGGACAUGGGUGCCAACUCGUGCAAAAUCUCCAUGACAUGGAACUGGUACACCGUGGGAGCUUGCUUCAUCUCUCAGGACUGGCAAAUCACUUCCGGGGGCAUGUUUGCAGGCUCCUGCAUCGGUGUCAUCUGUCUGGUCAUCUCCCUCGAGUUCCUUCGUAGACUCGGACGCGAGUAUGAUGCCUGGAUUGCAAGACGCGACCGCAAGCUUCUUUCUGUCGCCGCAGCCACUCGAUCUCACGCCGAAGAUAGCUCAUCCUCGAACCACGAGGCUGGAAAUGGCAAACAACCCUCACCCAGUUCGCAACUAGUGGACCGGACCGUAUACCAACGCCCGCGAGUGCCCUGGUUGACGCUCCUGCAGCGCCAGGUGAUCCGGUCUCUGAUCCAUAUGGUCCAAUUUGGUGUCGCAUACUUUAUCAUGUUACUGGCCAUGUACUACAAUGGCUACAUUAUCAUCUGCAUUAUUAUUGGUGCCUUCCUCGGCGCCUUUAUUUUCAGCUGGGAUCAACUGAUGAACGAAGCCAAGUAA